AUGAUAAACUUCUGGCGAGGAUCUUCUGGGCCAGGGCCAUCAAGUCUCUCCUUGCUCUUCUAUGCCUCAAGGAAGGCAGACCCAACAAAUACAAGCAAUGAUGACGGUGUUGAAAAUGAUGUUGAUGAUGAUGAUUCUGCUGACGAAGACGAUAAUGAUAAUGAUGAGAAUGAUGACGACGACGAUAAUAACGAUGUCUACGAUUACGACGAUGGUAAUGAUUAUGAUGCUGAUGAGCAGGAUGAGCAUGGCCGGCGUUUUGAGAACGUUGCAGGUUAUCGCUUUGAAAAACUUGAAGUUACGUUCAUGGCCACCGACGUUUCAGAGAGUUGCCAUCUGGCAAGGAACAUCGAAGUGAUCCAAGUGUGCUGGGCGGAGUGGUGGGGUGAACUUUUGAAGGGUCUCAUGGCCGAGUGGUUAGCGUGUCCGUCUAUCACUCCCACGACCCGAGUUCGAAUUCUGCAGUUUCUACAGGUUCAUUCGGGUAGCCGACUUCCGGUCAACCCAGCCGUCCAUCCUUCCGAGGUUAGUAAAUGUGUAGACGACGUAAGCUGUCGUAUGUUGGCCGGCGAGAUGUUUCAGUGGUUCAAAUGCGCGCUGAGUCAAACAUCUCAAUGGCUUUCAUAG